UCCACAUUUCUCCCAACUAUCUCUCUCUCUCUCCCUCUGCUUCUUUUCGUCCGAGACUCUGUUCUAUCUCUGGGUUCUUUAUUGGUUUAUCAGAAGUUUUAGCUGAUAAACCAUAACAGCAUUUGCAUUUCCCCAUUCCAUCCACCAUUUCGUGGUGCUUGUGAGGAGAAGGAUUCAUAGGUUCCUCACUUGAGUUUUAGAUCCAUUUUGUUUGUAGUGUUCGUCGCGGAACAGAUCUGACUCUCUUGUUUGUUUACAGAUCAGAUCAAGUUCCUGGACUUGAUUCUUCUUUUUAUUUUUCUCUGUUGAAAGUACUCUUGUGUAUUUUGGUUUAUAUGGAGAAGUUUCGCAGACCCAUUGCCAUGGCUCCCCUGUUUCUGCACGCCAUACUUGUUUGGCUUCCUCUUGCUUUUGCUGGCCAUGAUUACGGCCAGGCUUUGAGUAAGGGCAUUCUCUUCUUUGAAGCUCAGAGGUCUGGUUACCUCCCCGGGAACCAGAGAAUCCAGUGGAGAGCCGAUUCUGGUCUGCAAGACGGAAAGGCCAGUGGCGUUGAUCUGGUAGGAGGGUACUAUGAUGCAGGAGACAAUGUAAAGUUUGGCCUCCCAAUGGCCUUCACCAUUACCAUGAUGUCAUGGAGCAUCAUCGAGUAUGGAAAACAAAUGGCUGCAACCGGAGAACUCGGACAUGCCAUGGAUGCAGUGAAGUGGGGCACCGACUACCUCAUUAAAGCUCACCCACAACCAUAUGUCCUCUACGGAGAGGUGGGUGAUGGUAACACUGACCAUUACUGCUGGCAACGGCCGGAGGACAUGACGACCGACCGCCGGGCUUACAAGAUCGACGCCAAUAACCCGGGAUCCGACCUCGCAGGGGAGACUGCAGCGGCAAUGGCAGCAGCCUCUCUCGUCUUCCGGCACCAUAAUCCGUCUUACGCCAAUGAACUGCUUUCCCAUGCCAAGCAGCUUUUCGAUUUCGCGGACAAAUACAGAGGCAAAUAUGACAGCAGCAUUACGGUGGCGCAGAAGUACUAUCAGUCUGUCAGCGGCUACGGGGAUGAAUUGUUGUGGGCAGCCGCAUGGAUGUAUCAGGCAACCAACGAUGAGUAUUACCUCAACUAUCUUGGUAAUAAUGGUGAUUCUUUGGGUGGGACUGGUUGGGCUAUGACUGAAUUUGGCUGGGACGUAAAGUAUGCCGGAGCCCAAGUUCUUGUUUCCAAGUUACUCAUGCAAGGAAAGGGAGGCCACUACUCGUCGGUCUUCGAGAGGUACCAACAGAAGGCCGAGUACUUCAUGUGCUCUUGCCUCGGAAAGGGAACACGAAAUGUUCAGAGGACCCCAGGAGGCCUUCUCUUCCGCCAAAGAUGGAACAACUUGCAGUUCGUCACCAGUGCCUCUUUCUUACUAACUGUUUACUCUGAUUAUCUCUCUUCCGCUGGAAGAAACGUCAAGUGUGCUGCUGGCACUGUCUACCCAUCUGAACUUCUUGGUUUUGCCAAGUCUCAGGUGGACUACCUACUUGGGGACAACCCAAGAGCUACGAGUUAUAUGGUUGGCUAUGGCAGCAAUUAUCCACGACAAGUCCACCACAGAGCAUCCUCGAUUGUCUCCAUCAAGGUCGACUCUAAAUUUGUUAGUUGCCGAGGGGGUUAUGACACUUGGUUUAGCCGAAAAGCCAGUGACCCCAACCUCCUAACUGGUGCUGUCGUUGGUGGCCCUGAUGCUUAUGACAACUUUGCUGAUCAGAGGGACAACUACGAGCAAACAGAGCCUGCCACCUACAACAAUGCUCCCCUGCUUGGUGUGUUGGCACGGCUGGGCGGAGGCCAUGGUGGCUAUAAUCAGCUCUUACCAGUGGUACUCCCGGCUCCUAAACCAGUGGUUAACCAACCAAGUCCAGCACCACAAGCCAAACCAACCCCUGCUCCAGCUAAAUCCUCAACUCCAAUUGCAAUUGAGCAAAAAGCAACAACCUCGUGGAACGCCAAGGGGAAAACUUACUACAGAUAUUCAACCAUAGUGAAAAACAACUCUGGGAAAACUGUGAAGGACCUCAAGCUUUCAAUAUCCAAGCUAUAUGGUCCUCUCUGGGGCCUCACAAAGUCUGGUGAAGCUUAUGGUUUUCCAUCCUGGAUCACGUAUUUACCUGCUGGAAAAAGUCUUGAAUUCGUUUACAUUCAUUCAGCCUCUCCUGCCGACAUCGCAGUCUCAAGCUACACUUUAUCUUGAGUGUAUAGACAACUGGAACACGGAGAAGAGAAGGUUUGCUUGGUUUUUAGGGGGUUUGAAAUGUAACAAUUGUGCAGCUAUAGUGCCAUACGAAGUGAAGUCCAGAAAGGAUCUUUUUUUAUCCUUUAUGUGGGUUCUGGGUGGGGUAUUAGCUAAAACUUAGGCUCAAUAAGAUGAGAGUUUGGGGGAGAAAGGUGUGAAGAGACAAAGAAAAAGAGUGCUCAUCCUCUUUCCCCUCCACUCUAUUGUAGUUACAUAUUGCCGGAGGUUUGAUAGUUUUAAGACAUGGAAAGAUGUGAGAGAGAGAGAGAGAGAGAGAGAGUUGGGAGGGUGAUUGAGGCUCCUCUCAACUGAUUUGAAGUCUUCUGUUUCUUUGUAUUUAAGCGACUUUUGAUGGGUUCUUUACUUCUUUUUGUGUACUGAGGUUGUAUGCUCUGCAGCUUUGUUCUUUCCAAUAUGAAUAUAGUUUGUGCGAAGAACUGCAUCUCUUCGCUUCUGAUCUCU